UAUAAACUUGGGAUGUAAAUGAAUCAUUCUAAGUCCAUUGAAUUUUAACCUCCUGGUUUUAUAUGUGUCCAUUAUGUGACUGCAUUUCUAGUGACCUGUUUACUGCUUCUGUCCCCUGGAGAAGAUAAGUCUUCUGAGGCAGACACCAUAACCUAUUAAUUUGGCAUUCUAGAGAUCUUGGCACAGUGCCAGACACAUUACAAGAAUCUGUGAAACUUAUUUAUUAAAUUGACUGCACGCAUUGCUUUAAGUUAUACAUUAAUCACUGGAUUUAACUAAAAGGAGAUGUAAAUGCCAUGAGAAAGCCAAGCAGACCAGAAAGAUAUUUUAGAAAUGGAUGGGUGCGAUUGCACAGACAGCUAAGCAGCUGUGUCUUAUUUGUCUCAUCUUCCUUUUCUGCAAGGUCCACAGAGAGCCACAUAGUCCUUAGCACAGAGUGGUGUUCAGGACUUGUCAGGGAAUCCCAUAGCUCCCCGCUGUCACAAGUCACCUUCAACAGGGUUCCAUGUGCACGGAUGCCACCAUAUCCUGGGUUCUAUGUUGGCGCUCUACCCUCCACCUGCUCCCUAGACAUACAUACUUCCCCAUAAGACUCCCCAGAUCAGCUCAAACCCUGAAGAUGAACCGUCAAUGAAGGCCCUCAGCUAUGGGCAUUGUGGGAGUUAGAGCAGAGUCUGUCACAGAAAGUUUUGCCAAAGUGAUCCAUGGCCUGAAAGUGGGACACCUGACAGAUCACGUGAUUCAGAAGAGCAAGAGGAUGAUUCUAGAUACUCUAGGUGUUGGGUUCCUGGGAACCAGUACAGAAGUAUUUUGCAAAGCCAGCCAAUACAGCAAAAUCUACAGUUCCAAUUUAUCCAGCAGUGUUUGGGGUCAGCCAGACUUCAGGCUCCCGCCUACAUAUGCUGCUUUUGUUAAUGGUGUGGCUAUUCACUCGAUGGAUUUUGAUGACACGUGGCACCCUGCCACCCACCCUUCUGGGGCUGUUCUUCCUGUACUCACAGCUUUAUCAGAAGCCUUUCCUCAGAGGCCAGCAUUUUCUGGCCUUGACCUUCUGCUGGCUUUCAAUAUUGGUGUUGAAGUGCAAGGCCGAUUAAUGCAUUUCUCCAAAGAAGCUAAUGACAUACCAAAGAGGCCAGAUCAGCUGAAACCAUUAACACCAGUGCUGGCAGAGAAGUUGAUUCAACAGUCACAUACCAAAUACUUUACCCACACACAAAGAUUUCAUCCCCCUUCAGUGGUAGGAACUUUGGGGAGUGCUGCUGCUGCAUCUAAGUUUUUAGGACUUAGCUUGGCAAAGUGCCAAGAGGCCCUGGCCAUUGCCGUUUCCCAUGCUGGAGCACCCAUGGCCAACGCUGCUACUCAGACCAAGCCCCUUCACGUUGGCAAUGCAGCCAGGCAUGGUUUAGAGGCUGCUUUUCUGGCAAUGCUGGGUCUCCAAGGAAACAAGCAGGUCCUGGACAUGGAGACAGGAUUUGGGGCCUUCUAUGCCAACUAUUCCCCUGAACUCCUCCCAAACUUAGACUCUCACACUUGGCUGCUGGACCAGCAGGAUGUGGCCUUCAAGCGUUUCCCUGCUCAUUUGGCCACCCACUGGGUGGCAGAUGCAGCUGCAUCUGUGAGAAAGCACCUUGUAGCUGACAGAAUGCUGCUUCCCACUGACCAUAUCAGGAGGAUUGUGCUCAGGAUUCCAGAUGUCCAGUAUGUAAAUAGGCCCUUCCCAGACUCAGAGCAUGAGGCUCGGCAUUCUUUCCAGUAUGUAGCCUGUGCUAUGCUGCUUGACGGGAGUGUCACUAUCUCGUCCUUCCACAAACACCGGAUCAACAGGCCACAGAUGAGAGAGCUGCUCAGGAAAGUGGAGCUGGAGCACCCUCUGGACAACCAGCCAAGCUUCAACAGGCUCUACUGUGAGAUAAGUGUCACCCUCAGGGACGGGGCCUCCUUCACCGUGCGCUCCGAUACCUUCUAUGGUCACUGGAGGAAACCAUUGAGCCAGAAGGACUUGGAGGAAAAGUUCAGAGCCAACACCUCUGGGGUACUGUCCUGUGACACAGUGGAAAGUCUUAUAAAGGUAGUAGAAAAGCUGGAAGACCUAGAAGACUGUUCUGUAUUAACUACACUCCUGAAAGGACCCUCUCCAGGACAGGUGCUUCAAAGCUCUCCUGCAAGUAUAAUUCCAACACGCAAUCUCUCCUGAAGAUCACCACAUCUAAAUGACUUUGCAUAUGGGGAGAUACAGUGAUUUGUUUUAUAAAACAAAGGGCUGCUGCUUGGUCUGCCUAGGAAUAAAUGAAACAAAGUGGAGAGUCCAGAAACAAGAUUAAAACAAAACAAAAACAAACAAAAGAUCAAGAUGGUCUAAACAUAUAAUUUAAAAGACAUUUAACAUCCUUAUUACAUCUAAUGUACAAGUCAUGAAUUCAACCAUUUUAAGUCUACAGUUCAAUGAAUUUUAGUAAAUUUAUAGAGUUGAGCAGACAUCUCAAUUUAGUUUUAGAAUAUUUCAUCACUUCAGAAAAUCAUCUCAUAUAUGCUUGUAAUCAAUCCCCAUUUAUACCUCCAGGACUUACAUUCAAAGAUUUUAUUGUUUUAGAGGUUUUUGCCUUAGGGUAUGUGUGUUUGCCGGAAAGAGAGAGAGACAGAGACGAGAAAAA